GGCGAACGCAGCCCCGGAUCCCAGCGGGCCGGCCUCGGGAGAACCAUGGACUCGGAGGUGCUGAAGACUUUGAUUAAUUACUAUUGUAAAGAGAGAUAUUUCCAUCACAUGUUACUUGUUGCCAGUGAAGGAAUUAAGCGGUAUGGCAGUGACCCAGUCUUCAGGUUUUUUCAUGCCUAUGGUAUAUUAAUGGAAGGUAAAGUUCAAGAAGCUCUUCGAGAAUUUGAGGCUCUUAAAAAUAAACAAGAUGUAUCCCUUUGUUCUCUACUUGCACUGAUCUACGCCCAUAAAAUGAGUCCUAAUCCAGAUAGAGAAGCUAUUCUGGAAGCAGAUGCCAGACUGAAGGACCAACGUAAAGGAGCUGGACAGAAAGCUUUAUACCACGCAGGCUUAUUUUUAUGGCACGUUGGUCGCCCUGAGAAGGCGAGAGAAUAUAUUGACAGAAUGAUCAAAAUGUCAGAUGGUAGUAAAGAGGGACACAUUUUGAAAGCAUGGCUUGAUAUUACAAGAGGAAAAGAACCUUAUACUAAAAAAGCACUAAGGUGUUUUGAAGAGAUAUUAGAAGAUGGAAAUGAUAUUUUCGCUUUGCUGGGUAAGGCACAAUGCCUUGAGAUGCGCCAGAAUUAUUCAGGUGCUCUGGACACUGUGAACCAGAUGAUUGUGAACUUUCCAAGCUUCCUUCCUGCUUUUGUAAAGAAAAUGAAAUUACAACUAGCCUUGCAGGAUUGGGACCAGACAGUUGAGACAGCACAAAGGUUAAGACGUCUUCAUAGAACUUCUCAUGCUUCCACCAAGCUAGAAAAGUUAGAAAAUGCACUGGAUGCCAUGGAACCACAGAAUGAUCAACUUUUCUAUAAGAUUACACUUGCAUUCAGCAGAACUUGUGGACGUAGUCAACCCAUUCUUCAAAAACUUCAAACAUUAUUAGAGAGAGCUUUUAGUUUAAACUCUCAGCGACCAGAAUUUGCUAUAGAACUUGGAUACCAAAUGAUUUUACAAGGAAAAAUCAAAGAGGCAGUGAAGUGGUAUAAGAGUGCCAUGGCACUUGAUGAGUCUAGUAUCUCUUCACUAUUUGGAUUUAUCCAAUGUCAAUUAAUUGAAGGCCAAAUAGAGGAAGCAGAUCAGCAACUAGAAUUUUUUAGUGCAGUUCAGCAGUCCAUGGGAAAAUCUGCGGAAUUAACCUAUUUACAUGCCAUUCUUGCUAUGAAGAAAAAUAAACGACAGGAAGAAGUUAUUAAUUUGUUAAAUGAUGUCCUAGACAUUCAUUUUUCACACUUAGAAGAUUUACCUCUUGGCUUACAGUAUUUUGAAAAACUAAAUCCUGAUUUCUUAUUAGAAAUUGUUAAAGAAUAUCUGAGUUUUGUUUAGCCUGCGAGUCCUGGGCAACCUGUUACUCCACUUCUCAGACGUUGUACCUCAGCCUUGGAAGUUAUAGUGAGAACUGUACCAGGUCUGCUGCAAGCUGUCUUCCUAAUAGCAAAAGUGAAAUACUUGUCAGGUAUACAUGAGGCAGCAAAAGUUUUACAAGAUGCCAUCCAUGAGUUUUCUGGAACAUCUGAAGAAUUGCGUGUUACUAUUGCUAAUGCAGACCUUGCUCUGGCCCAAGGAGAUACUGAGCGGGCUCUAAGCAUGCUUCGAAAUGUUACGGCUGAACAGCCUUAUUUUAUAGAGGCAAAAGAAAAAAUGGCAGAUAUUUAUCUGAAGCACAGAAAAGAGAAAAUGUUAUAUAUCACCUGUUAUAGGCACUCCAAGGAAGCAUUACUAAAUAUUUUUCAGGUGAGAGAAUAUCCUUUAUAUCAUUUGAUAAAAGCUCAGUCACAAAAGAAAAUGGGAGAAAUAACAGAAGCAAUUAAAACUCUGCAUAUGGCAAUGAAUUUACCAGGAAUGAGAAGAAUUGGAGCUUUCUCAAAAUCCAAAUACAGAAAAACUGAAGUUGAUACAAGCCAUCGUUUAUCAAUCUUCCUUGAGUUGGUAGAGGUUCACCGCUUAAAUGGAGAACAGAAGAAGAUAUUUAUAUUCAAUAUACUAAGUAGAGUUGGCUUGAUUUUCAGAGAAAUUGCUGAAAGAAUGCCCAACCCUCGGUCUUUUCUUCUCCUUGGUGAUGCAUACAUGAAUAUUCAAGAGCCUGAGGAAGCAAUAGUAGCAUAUGAGCAAGCAUUAAAUCAGAACCCGAAAGAUGGGACAUUGGCCAGUAAAAUUGGGAAGGCACUUGUCAAAACCCACAACUACUCGAAGGCAAUCACUUAUUAUGAAGCCGCUCUGAAAAGUGGACAACAGAAUUAUCUUUGCUAUGACCUGGCUGAGCUCUUAUUAAAGCUGAAGUGGUAUGACAAAGCAGAAAAAGUUCUUCAACACGCUCUAGCUCAUGAACCUGUGAAUGAACUGUCAGCUCUCAUGGAGGAUGGACGUUCUCAAGUUCUUCUAGCAAAAGUUUACAGUAAAAUGGAAAGACCUGGUGAUGCAAUCACUUCAUUACAGCAGGCUAGAGAAUUACAAGCUCGGGUACUAAAACGUGUUCAGAUGGAACAGCCAGAUGCAGUUCCUGCACAGAAACAUUUAGCUGCUGAAAUUUGUGCAGAGAUUGCAAAACAUUCUGUUGCUCAGCGAGACUAUGAAACAGCAAUUAAGUUUUAUAGAGAAGCUCUGGUUCACUGUGAAACGGAUAAUAAGCUACCAUUUAAAGAUAAUUAUAUGACGUUAUCUCGUUUGAUUGAUCUCCUAAGAAGAUGUGGAAAACUUGAGGAUGUUCCAAGAUUUUUCUUAAUGGCUGAGAAAUGUAACCCCAGAGCAAAAUUGGAGCCAGGAUUUCAAUACUGUAAAGGACUAUAUCUUUGGUACACUGGAGAACCAAAUGAUGCCCUUCGACAUUUCAAUAAAGCUCGGAAAGAUAGUGACUGGGGCCAAAACGCCCUUUACAAUAUGAUAGAAAUCUGUUUGAAUCCAGAUAAUGAAACCAUUGGAGGUGAGGUAUUUGAAAACCUGGAUGGAGACCUGGGUAAUUCAUCUGAGAAGCAAGAGUCUGUGCAAUUAGCAGUAAGAACAGCAGAAAAACUCCUUAAAGAACUAAAACCUCAGACCAUUCAGGGUCACAUACAGCUUCGCAUAAUGGAAAACUGUUGCCUAAUGGCUACCAAACAGAAAUCUAAUGUUGAGCAAGCAUUAAAUACCUUCACCGAAAUAGCAACAUCUGAGAAGGAUCAUAUCCCAGCACUCUUGGGAAUGGCAACGGCAUAUAUGAUCUUGAAACAGACUCCAAGAGCCAGAAACCAGCUGAAGCGGAUUGCAAAAAUGAAUUGGAAUCCUAUUGAUGCUGAGGAGUUUGAGAAGAGUUGGCUGCUACUUGCUGAUAUUUAUAUUCAAUCAGCAAAAUAUGAUAUGGCGGAAGAGCUGUUAAAACGAUGCCUGCGUCAUAACAGAUCUUGCUGCAAAGCUUAUGAAUAUAUGGGAUACAUUAUGGAAAAAGAACAAGCAUAUACAGAUGCCGCCUUAAACUAUGAGAUGGCAUGGAAACAUGGCAAUCAGAUGAACCCAGCAGUCGGAUACAAACUGGCAUUUAAUUACUUAAAAGCAAAAAAAUAUGUGGAUGCAAUUGAUGUAUGUCACCAGGUUCUUGAAGCACAUCCCUCUUACCCCAAAAUCAGAAAAGAUAUACUUGAUAAGGCCCGCACAUCUUUAAGACCUUGAAAAUAAUUUUAACUUUGUUGGUUAAGUGAGAAAUGAAAGGAAUCUAAUUUUUGAGUUCUUCCAGUUCAAAAUAGGAUUGAGCUGAUGCUUUGUUCUGGAAGAUGCUUUCUUUCUCCAGCAGAGGCUGCUGCUGUACGUUAACAGAAGAGCUCCGUCAAAUCCCUGUUUUCUAAUGGAGAAGCUGAGCGAGAGCUGAUCUGUUUGACUCUCUUGAUUAGGUACAGAUUUGACGGCUCUGUGGUAAGAGUAUAACCCUUUUCUAUAAGGAAUAUUUUGUUAAAAUCUAGAUAAUUAAAUAUCCUGUACCUUUUCUGAG